AUGGAGUUUCUGAGCGAGAAGUUUGCCCUCAAGAGCCCACCGAGUAAAAACAGUGAUUUUUACAUGGGCGCAGGAGGCGCGUUGGAGCACGUUAUGGAGACGCUGGACAAUGAGUCCUUUUACAGCAAAGCGUCGGCGGGCAAAUGCGUGCAGGCCUUCGGGCCCCUGCCCCGCGCCGAGCAUCACGUGCGCCUGGAGAGGACCUCGCCCUGUCAGGACAGCAGCGUGAACUAUGGGAUCACUAAAGUAGAAGGACAGCCUCUUCACACAGAGCUAAAUCGAGCCAUGGACAACUGUAACAGUCUCCGGCUGUCUCCCGUGAAAGGGAUCCCAGAGAAGGGAGAACUGGAUGAACUUGGGGAUAAAUGUGACAGCAACGUAUCCAGCAGUAAGAAGCGGAGACACCGAACCACCUUUACCAGUCUGCAGCUGGAGGAGCUGGAAAAGGUCUUUCAAAAAACCCAUUACCCGGAUGUGUAUGUCAGAGAACAGCUUGCUCUGAGGACAGAGCUGACUGAGGCCAGGGUCCAGGUUUGGUUUCAAAAUCGAAGGGCCAAGUGGAGAAAAAGAGAACGUUAUGGCCAGAUCCAACAAGCUAAGAGCCAUUUUGCUGCCACCUAUGACAUAUCAGUUUUGCCAAGAACUGACAGCUAUCCACAGAUUCAGAACAAUUUGUGGGCAGGAAAUGCAAGUGGUGGUUCUGUGGUUACUUCAUGCAUGUUACCACGUGACACUUCCUCGUGUAUGACACCUUAUUCUCACUCGCCUCGGACAGAUUCCAGUUACACAGGGUUUUCAAACCACCAGAACCAGUUCAGCCACGUGCCCCUCAACAAUUUUUUCACUGACUCUCUUCUUACCGGGGCUACCAAUGGACAUGCAUUUGAAACAAAGCCAGAGUUUGAAAGGAGGUCUUCCAGUAUCGCUGUUCUUCGAAUGAAAGCCAAGGAGCACACUGCCAAUAUUUCAUGGGCCAUGUAA